AUGGAUAGGAAAAUUCUAAGUACUGUAGCAGUGUUUCUGUUCUGCCUCUCAACAUCAUUGAUUGUUGAUGCUGAGGAUCCUUACCUGUUCUACGAAUGGAAUGUCAGCUAUGGCACCAUUGCACCCUUGGGUGUUCCACAGCAGGUCAUUCUCAUCAACGGCGAGUUCCCAGGUCCGAGGAUCAACGGCACUUCCAACAACAAUGUUAACGUCAAUGUCUUCAACAACCUUGAUGAGCCUCUCCUUUUCACAUGGAAUGGUGUUCAGCAGAGGAAGAAUUCUUGGCAAGAAGGUUUGUUGGGAACCAGCUGUCCCAUUCCUCCGGGGACAAACCACACCUUCCGUUUCCAGGUGAAGGAUCAGAUUGGUAGCUACUAUUACUAUCCCUCCACGGCAUUGCACAGGGCAGCUGGUGGUUAUGGUCCCCUCACCGUGGUCAGCCGUGACCUUAUCCCCGUUCCCUUUGAUGCACCCGAGGCCGAUUACACCAUCCUGGCGGGUGAUUGGUACAGCAAGAGCCAUGUCGCCUUGAGGAAGCUGCUGGACAGCGGUCGCACUCUUGGCAGGCCUGAUGGUGUCUUGAUCAAUGGCAAGAGCGGAAAAGCUGACGGCAAGGACGAGCCAAUGUUCACCAUGAUCCCUGGAAAGACCUACAGGUACAGAGUUUGCAAUGUAGGAAUGAAGAACUCGCUCAACUUCAGGUUCCAGGGCCACACAAUGAAGCUGGUUGAGAUGGAGGGAUCCCACACCAUGCAAUACUUGUACGAUUCCUUGGAUCUGCACUUGGGACAGUGCGCGUCUGUUUUGGUGACAGCCGACAAGGAACCAAAGGACUACUACUUCGUUGCUUCAACCAGAUUCACCAAGCAGAUCCUCAGCGCCACCGCCACCAUCAGGUACACCACUGGAAAGGGCCCUGCCUCGCCCGAGCUGCCCCUUGCCCCGGUCGGAUGGGCCUGGUCUCUCAACCAGUUCCGCUCAUUCAGAUGGAACCUCACCGCCAGCGCUGCCAGGCCUAAUCCUCAGGGUUCCUACCACUAUGGACAGAUCAACAUCACCCGCACCAUCAAAAUUGUGAACUCUGCUGGCGAAGCCGACGGCAAGCUCCGCUACGCAAUCAAUGGCGUCUCUCAUGUUGACCCCGAAACUCCACUGAAACUUGCUGAAUACUUUGGCGUUGCAGACAAAGUUUUCAAGUACAACAUCAUUCAGGACGAGCCAUCUGCAGAUGUCACGGCCAAGAAUCACGCCAUCACUCUUGCUCCCAAUGUCGUCAAUGCCACCUUCCGUAACUUCAUCGAGAUCAUCCUUGAGAACCAUGAGAAGACCGUUCAGAGCUGGCACUUGGAUGGAUACUCUUUCUUCGCUGUUGCGAUCGAGCCCGGGACAUGGACACCAGAGCGGAGAAAGGUCUACAAUCUGCUUGAUGCAAUCAGCAGGAACACGAUUCAGGUGUAUCCAAAAUCAUGGGCAGCCAUCAUGCUGACUAUGGACAAUGCUGGAAUGUGGAACUUGAGGUCAACUCUGUUGGAGAGGCAAUACUUGGGACAGCAGCUCUACUUCAGCGUUCUGUCUCCAAAUUACUCUCUCAGGGACGAAUACAACGUUCCAGACGAUGCUCCCUUGUGCGGUAUUGUCAAGGACAUGCCUAAACCAAAGCCAUACAGCAUAUAA